AUGUUGGGUGUUCCCCCUCCCCCCUCCUGCCAUCUGUUGCCUCUGCUGCUGCGGCCGACCUCGUUGGCCUCGAGUCGGUCGGAGCUGCGUCUGCCCCUAGCGGGAGACGCCGCACCGGCAAGGGCAAGGGGGGCAAGGGUGCUGGAAGAGCUGGCGGGGGCGGUGGAGGUGGCAGUGGAGGCGGUGGAGGGGGUGGGGGUGGUGGUGGGAGUGGUGGCGGGGGUGGGGGCGUCGGUGGCGGCAGUGGAGGCGGAGGAGGCGGCGGCGGUGGUGGUGGGAGCGGAGGAGGCGGAGGUGGCGGCGGUGGCGGAGGUGGCGGCGGCACCGGUGGGACUGGUCGGGGCGGCUCUGCGCAGAGGGGCGGCUCCGGUGGUGCGGGGUGGGAGUGCUGGUCCCUGUACCUACGUCCUGCAUACCGGCGACCGUACGGGUGAGCAGUGCGGGGGCCUGCACCCCACCCAGCGCUGCUUUGGCCGCCUAAGGGACGCCUGGCGUCUCCAGUUCCCUGACGCCAAUGAGAUCCCUCGCUGUGGAGAGCUGCAGAGGUCGGGGAUUGAUGUCUUUGAUCUUGAUUAUGAUGCUAUUCUUGCUGCCAUGUAUGCUGUGUCUACUAGUGAUGAGGGUGACUGUUACCUGUGUGUUCCGCCUGACACGGGCAUUGGGACUGCUGCUCUAGGUGCUGGUGAGGCUGCUGCUCUAGGUGCUAGUGAGUCUGCUGACCCAGGUGCAGGUCUCUACCUCCCCUCGUUCUCUACGAACUUGGUGAGUGGUUCUGACCUAUAG